GUUUCUUGCGUCACAGAUGUUCGCUGGGGCUGCUUCUUCUGCCGGUGGAGCAAAAAAGGCCACAAGCAUCCAGCUCCAGAGCAACUGUCAAUCGUUCAAAAACAUCACAUUUUAGUGGAAUAUGAAAUUUACAGAGAAGUAGUACAGAAUGUAGCAAAAGCACAACUGUGUGGUAAACCAGAUACAAGUUUGCUAGAGGUCAGGUACAAAACGACAUUUUAUAUUCCAACACACAGUAAUCACCAUGGGUGGUUUAGGUGUCACCAAUCACUAAAAACACAGCAAAUACAGGCACGCACACACACACACACACAUACGUCUGGAUGUAAGAGUGGUGGUUAAAGGGGUGCACAAUGAAGAGAGGACGAAGAAAAGGAGGGAGUAAGGACAAAGUGUUUGGCUGUGACCUGGUGGAGCAUUUAACGGCAACAAGUCAAGAUAUUCCUCACGUACUCCGUAGCUGCAGUAUAUUCAUUGAAGAGCACGGUAUCGUUGAUGGUAUCUACAGGUUGUCUGGAGUGUCAUCCAACACACAGAAGCUAAGGUCAGAGUUUGACAGCGAGGGGACUCCAGACUUAAAUAAAGAUGUGUAUCUGCAGGACAUUCACUGUGUCAGUUCCCUCUGUAAGGCGUAUUUCAGAGAGCUGCCAAACCCACUCCUCACAUACCAACUGUAUGACCACUUUGCUGAAGCCGUGGCUGUUCAGUUAGAGGAUGAAAGAUUGGUGAAGAUCAAGGAAGUGCUGAAAGAGCUGCCAGAGCCCCAUUUCCGGACUCUGGAAUAUUUGAUGAAACACUUAAUCCGGAUGGCUACUCAUUCUAAUCAGACCAACAUGCAUGCCAGAAAUCUUGCCAUUGUUUGGGCUCCGAAUCUCCUCAGAUCGAAGGACAUUGAGGCAGCUGGUUUUAACGGCACAGCGGCUUUCAUGGAGGUGCGAGUCCAAUCCAUUGUGGUGGAAUUUAUUCUGACUCACGUGUCUCAACUGUUUCCUGAAUCUGAUCUUGACCCAGGACUAACUAGAGAGCGCAGGAAGUCUCUCCCUUCACCAUCCAUACUGUCUGGUCAAGAAGACCCCUUCUUUAAGGCUUUGCCUUUUCAAUAUCCAGGCAACAUGAGUCCUGGAGAUGGUCCUCCACCAAUGAGACCUUACCAUGCCAUCAUCGAUGGCACAGACAAGAGAAAGGGAUCACUAAAAGGCAGAAAAUGGAAGUCUAUCUUUAAUUUAGGCGGGAGACUUCAUGAUCCUCGCAAAAAGAAGUAUGCACCUAAAGAGAAGGAGAAGACCUCUCUAAGGCCUGCUAAAAGUAUGGACUCUCUGAGCUCAGGACCUUACACACAGGAAGAUCCGAGGCAUGCUUCUCCACAUCUGUCCCCCUUGGCCGUGCCCUCUGGAACCACAGAAGGUGGUGCUGCUGGGGGUGGAAGUGUGGCUAGUGGGUAUGCAGUGACAUACAGGCGCACGGGUGGGGCUAGUGUGAGUAUGGUGAGUGGAGGGAGCGGGGCUCAGGGCACCUACCGGAGCCUGGAUUCAGGGCUCGGGGCCAAUGCAGACAAAACUCAGUGCCCAUCUCAAGUGAUGCCCAGUAGGGCAGAGCGCCGUGCAGGAAUGCACAUUUCUGGGCCUUUUUCAGUGACCGUUCCUCUUCAUAUAACCUCGGGGUUGGCGCUGGGGGUGUUACACGGAGGAAGAGCUGAGGAGGAAGAGCCGAGGCAUGAGCCGGAUGAGGAGGGACCCCCGAAGAAAGACAAGCACGAGAGUGCUGAAGAGAAGGAAACAGAAUUGGAUCAAGAGAAAGUUGAAACUGAUAGGAAGACAGAAAGCGUGAACGAUGACAAGGAGAACAAGACGGAUAAUGUGAGUGGAGGAGAUGAGGAAAAAGAAGUUAAAAGAGAAGACAGUGAGCCAGUGGAAACCAGGUCGGAGGAGAGAGAAGAGCCUGAAGAUGAAGGAGCACAGGGUCAGAAUUUAAGUGCGGAAGAAGUGUCAAAUGAGAUACAACAUGCCACAGACAGACCUUCACUCAGUGAAGACAUGGAUGGAGGAGACUACAUGGUCAUGAAAGGACGAGUGUUACAGUGUUCUGAAGGAGAUGAUCAAAAUGAGAGCCUCAGUAUCCCGUGUCAGGAGGAAUCAUACCCUGACCAUGAGCUUCCUCUGGAUUUCCAGGACACUUUUGGAUUCUUGGAUCUGAUGGACAUGUCCGCCUCAAACCAGCUAAACGAAUUCUCAGUGGAGCCCCCUCCCUUUGAGAUGGAAAUUUAUGAAGAGGAGGACGAUCAGAGUCCAUCACAGAUCCAUCCUCCUCCUGAACUCUCCUAUAUGAAAUUGCCUGCUCACACAGGCAGGGCAAUGUCAAACAAAUCAUGCAGCCUUCCUUAUAAAUGCAGUUCUUUCCAGCCAGAUCUGUCCUUUUCUUCUGAUGAAGACUGUUACUCAGGGCCUAGUGAUGAUGAUGAUGAUAGCAGUGAUUUGGACAAGGAUGAAUAUGAGGACAUGUUCUAUAAAAGUCUACCUUCUGAUUCCCAUUUUCAUGGGUUGAGUUGGACGGAACCCCAGAUCAUCAUGUUAGACUCUGACAGCAAUAUAGAUUCUCACAGCACGAACCAGUCUGAGUGCUUAAAUCAAACUAAAACCGUGUCUGAGGACACUCAAGACUCAUGCAAUGAAAGUCAGUCAAAUGAUCUGGAAAUGAUAACAACUAAUGCUGUUGAUCAGAGUUUAAAUGAAGGCGAUCUCAGCCCUCUUCCUUUAGAGACAGAGCAUUUAAAUGUGGAGAAGAAGAACAGUGAAGACGGAGGUACAGAGAAUGAUGGAGAAGAUAAAAGUGGCUUGGAGGAACUUGGGGACGUAAAUGAGCCAACUCAAGCAGAUAAUGAAAUGAUGGAAAGUACUGACAGCAAAGAUGAAACUUUCAUCUGCAGUCUCACAGACAGCCAUUCCACAGACGAUGAUACCCAGGAGGACACUUAUUUCGGUCCAGACCCACCUUCUACCCCAGAGGAACCAAGCAACAAUGAAACUGCUGAGAUAUCCUGCACAACUGAUCCUGUUAUCACUGAGGAACCUGCAAGUUCUGAAGCUCAACAGGAGAGUACUGCUGGUUAUGUAGGCAUUACCGAGAGUAAAAUUAUAAUAGAUGUGACAAGCCCUGAGUUACAAAAAACUCAAAAUAAAACAGAGACAGACAACAGCUCAAUGAAAGCAGAAAUAAUUCUAGAAGAACAGACAGAUGAGAAUGAAGGUGUGGUGCUGAGUGAGGAAAGGGAUGUUGGUGAGAAAGGAAAUGAUGAGAGAGACAUAAGCGAAGAAAAGGGAGAAAGUAUGGAAAGUGAGCCCAGUGAGGAAGGGAAGAAUGAUGUAGAUCCUACAAAUCAAAUAGACGUGGACGAGAUGGGAAAAGAGAGUAAAAAAAGGGAGCAGAUACAUUUAGAGAAUAAGAGCGAAGAUGUAGAUGUUGAAAAGCAGAAGGAAGACAGUGACGUAGGGGAUGAAAAUGAUCAACAAGUGGAACAGCAUGGCGCAGAGGAGGAAACUGAGGCUCAGAAAGACAAUCAUUUAGAAGGCGUUGCAGAACUAAAAGAGGGAAGUGUUCCUGAAGAGCUGAGUGAAGAAGAUGACAGGCUUUCGGAGGAUGCCGAGGAACAACAGAGCGGAAAGGAGAACGACAUGACAAAAGAGGAGAAUCAUGAAGAUCCUUCCACAUCAGAUCGGCAGAAACCACCGAGACCCCCGAGAAUAAAGGACAGAGAUAGAGGAAGAGAUGCAGGACUUGGUCUAGGUGUGGGGAGAAAAAUUAUUAUAUCCAAACACAAAAUGUACCAAGUGAGAGCUGUUCCUGUUGUACCACCUAAACCACAGCAUUCAAAAAUCACAGCUUUCAGACAACAGUUUCAAAAGAGAGACACAGAGAGACAACAGAAACCCAUACAACGUACAUGUCCCGAGAGACAGCGUACAGAAAGAGGGCUUCCAAAGAAAGAAACAGAAAAUGAAGAGAACAGUCAUGCAGAAAUAGGGGACGUAGCACAAAACCAUGACUGCCACAACACAGAGCAGGACAAGGAAAUGGGGACAGAUGGGGAGAGGCUGGAGGAAAACAAUGCAAGUCAGGCAAAGAAACAGCUGAAGGACACAAAGUCAUGCGAUGGUUCGGAAGGGGAGAUAGAACAGGGCAAAGAAGAACAAAGGCAAAGGAGUGGGACCUGGGAUGGAGGGAGUUUGAGAAAGGAUGGACACAAGGAAGUAGACAAGGAGGCUAAAAGAACCAACGCCAUCAGUAUGUGCUUUGAUGAAGCUGUCGCACGGGCAACAGGAAAAAGAUACAAAGAAAGGGAAUGUAUAGAAAAAGACAGGUUUGUUGAUUUACAGUUGGAAAAAGAUGAGCAGAAAGAGGGAUUGAAUGAAAGAAAGAAUGAGGAGGAAGAAGUGAAAACUGACUGACUUUAAAAUAAAAGUGUAUGAUUGUGUAAAAUAAGAUGUCUAUAGCCAUUAUUCUUUUACAAAUUCCACUUAGGCUAUGUAAACAAAACAAGAAUAGCAAAUGUCAUUUCAUUCUCAAAUGAAAAUUUGGUGUUCAGUUGAAGUUCUAGAUUAUCCAUUUUCAUUCUAACCAAAUAGCUGCACAUUCAGGGUGUGCCUGUUGUUGGCACAGUUGAAUACUUUUACAUUUUCCCCAAAAAUAAUCCACAUAGUAGUGUGCUGUAUAUCUUGUAGUCUAUUGUAAAAGUUGUGUUCAAGUCAAACAGGGACUUUUUUGUUUCUCUUAAAUAAAGGCAUAAAAAUUUACAGAUGAUUUCAAGCACAGUACAGAGACGAGAUUCUUACCUGCAGUUAAAGGUUUUAAAGAAGGCUGUAUAUCUGUAAAAGACAAUUUUAACCUUUGUAGUCAUUCCUGUGAACAUUCAGCAAGUGGAUCGUCUGGUCCUCAUCAGCAUGCAUAAGAAACGUGUCUGUCUGUAAGAACUGUACACAAAAGCAUUCACAAACACCACUUGUAAAUUACAGAAACUCAGCUGGAAGUUAUUGAAGCAUCCUCCGUACAGUCCUGAACUUGCUCUAAGCCAUUUCCACAUGUUUGAGCAUUUAAAGGAGUUCCUGGGAGGCCAGCGUUUCAAGCAUGAAGCAGGCAGAAAACUUUCUAUGCUACGUUAGUGGUCCAAGCAUUAGUGAAACGCUGGAAUAAGUGCAUUAGUGUAGCAGGGGAGUAUUUAGAAAAAUAAAGGGAGUUUAUACUCUCAUAACUGUGUUCUGUACAAUCAACAGUCUCGGUUUGACUUGAACGCCGCUCGUAUAUGCCUGUGUACACACAGUGACUGCAUGAGAACCUUAGAAAAUACACUGUAUAAAAUAUUGGGAAAUAUUGUACAUGUACACAAAAAUGAAAUGAAUUCAACUGUGUUUGUAAUUGUGUGGAAACAAUCAUUGUCGUCCAUUUCAUGCGUAAUAAAGUUUUGCAAUGUUCCUUUU